CCCUCCGCGCGCGAGAGAGACAGAGAGAAAGCGCGCACCUGCCGUAUCUCGCGCCCAGGGCGGAAGAGGCGCUGGGGCUGGAGCUCGUCGUGCCCGGGACGCCCAGCAUGUGAGAGGAGAGAAGAGAGAGCCAGGACCCUCCGCCAUGGGGCUGCCUCUGCUGCUGGGGCUGCUCCUCGCCCGAGCCGGAGGCCUUGUUGUGUCCCUUGAACAGUCACACAACUGCAUCACUGCUGAGAACCUUUGCAUGACUGACCCUUCCUGCAAUGCCACCUAUCUCACCCUGCAACAGUGUUCCCAAUCGCUUGCUAAGAGCAGCUCCUCUCUGCGCUAUGAAGCCAAGGACAGAUGCCUAGCGGCAGAAACCUUUAUUAGGAAUAGUUAUUUUCAGGACUGCAAAUGUCCUCGGCGUACACGGAAACAGGAGGAUCGGUGUCUGCGUAUCUACUGGACUGUUCAUCCUACUUUAACACAAGCUGACUUUCAUUUGGAGGCGUCUCCCUAUGAGGAUGCAGCAAGUGAAGAGUCUUCAAGGACCAAGUACAACAAACUGGCAACCCAGGCCUCAGGUUCUCGUGUGUUUGGAGACAGCACAAACAUUUGCCUGGAAGCUGCUAAUGUUUGCCAAUUGGACCACAAGUGUGUGCGUCUGCGCACACACUAUGCACAGAUCUGUAGUGCAGAGUACCCUUGUGACCAGAGGAAAUGCCACCGAGGCCUGAGACAUUUCUUUGAGAGGGUCAGCAUGGAAAUCACCAAACCACUGCUCUUCUGCCCAUGUCAAGAUGAUGUUUGUGGGAGGCGACGCUGGAACACCAUUGUUCCUGAGUGCUCUUUCCAGAGCAACAACAAGCCAAAUUGCCUCAUCGUGCUGGAUUCCUGCCUCAAGGACCAUAUCUGCAAAUCUCGACUGGUUGACUUCCAAGAACAAUGCAAGUCUUCAGACACAUCUUCAGAUGGCUGUUUCCGCCGCCACAAUCAUGCUGCAUGCCUGGAGGCUUACAUGGGGAUGAUUGGUACACCUAUGACCCCCAAUUACAUCAACAAUUCCACAGCCGAUGUAACUCUCUGGUGCUCCUGCGAGAACAGUGGCAAUCAGAAGGAGGACUGCGAUCAAAUCCUUGAAUCCUUUGCUGACAACAGAUGUCUAAAAAGUGCAAUCCAGUCCCAGAUGAGUCUAAACCAGCUGAAUACAGACAUUGAGGAGCAACUGCAGUUCACACCCUCUCUAAACAUCCAGGGAGAUGGUACCAGCACAGUUUUCACCUCACAGAUGUAUCAGGGGCCAGAAGAAAAAAAGUUACAGGUUCUUGAGGAUACCCCAGGCAAUUCUUCCAAUCCUUCCAGCGGUUGUCUUCCCUCACUUAUUUUGACCACAAUGCUGCUCCUUGUAUUACUUGGUCCACCUUAAUUUAACAUAAUAUGUGAUGCUUUUUUCAUGUGUUGUCAUGGCAAGGGAAACUGGGCUCAUUCAUGCCAAAGAGGAUGGACCCAUGACCGGAAGCCUCUUUUCAAUGGGCAGCCUUCAGCCAGAACUCUUGGUAUUUUCACUUGCUCUUAUAUUCAUCCUGGGAUUGAGUCUGGUUCCAAGGCCUGCAAUGAGAAAGAGGAGAAGAAGUAGGCAGGUGGAAGAAUUUGAAGGCCUGUUUUUUUCAAAACUGAAUUAAUCAUGUUUCAAGUGUAUUCCCAAGGAGUCUUUGUUUCAGCUUCGUGCAAAGGAAAGUCUUGUAAGUGUAAUCCUAUUUCUUACUCCAGGAUUGCAGCAAUAUCUAUGUCGUUGCCCUUUGUUCUGGUUUUUGAGAUUAUGUUGAAUACUUGUCCAGUUUUUUAAACAUAUGAAACAAAACUGUUCUGUGAUGCUGAGUUGUAGCUCCUGCAACUGAUCCCUUUCUGCUGAAAUUGUCUUCAUCUUUUACUACUCAUGAAAAACUUAAUGCAUCCAGGUUUGUUAGGUUAAAUAACAUCAACCCUCCUUUUCCAUUAUUGUAUGAACCUUCCAAGGCUACCAUGAAAAUUGUCACUUGAAUUACAGCAAGUUUUUUAAAAUCAAAAUUCCUUGGUAUGCCGCGAGUCUCAGAGGAAAGACAUUCUCCAGUUUGGACUAAUGCAUCAUUUAAUCCUCUGUCUUUCUGUACAGUCUAUGGUACUGGACUUCUUAUCCGUGAUCUAAUUGUUCUGGAUGUAAAGAUUUGUGUGGCAUUAACUGCUGUUCUUCUCUGCUGUAGUUAGUGCUAUGUUAAUUCUGAAGAUAUAUUAAGAACCAUUACAUAUGACCGACUUGUUGGCUGGUUUAGGCUUGACUAUUUUUUGGAAACGGUAGCAAGCCAGUCCAGCAAUUCCCCUUUGUAGUCAUUUGAUGGCUGUGAAAGAUAGUCAUCAAUGUGUUCUGUUCCUUCAUGUUCCCCAGAAAAUGUGGUGUUGUUGUCACAAGAGCUGAUUGUAAUACCUGCAGUCAAGAUGUCUCACAGGAGUGGGGAACCUGUGCCUCUGCAGGCAUUACAGUAGAGUCUCACUUAUCCAACGUAAACGGGCCGGCAGAACGUUGGAUAAGCGAAUAUGUUGGAUAAUAAGGAGAGAUUAAGGAAAAGCCUAUUAAACAUCAAAUUAGGUAAUGAUUUUACAAAUUAAAAACCAAAACAUCAUGUUAUAGAACAAAUUUGAUAGAAAAAGUAGUUCAAUAGGCAGUAAGGUUAUGUUGUAAUUACUGUAUUUACAAAUUUAGCACCAAAAUAUCACGAUAUAUUGAAAACAUUGACUACAAAAUACGUUGGAUAAUCCAGAAUGUUGGAUAAGCGAGUGUUGGAUAAGUGAGACUCUACUGUAUUAGAUGAUCACUCCCAUCAGCCAUUACCCAUGUGAUGAGAGCCAUAGAUUCUCUGUUCUUGCUGAAUCAAAUAGUAAGGCUUUUGUGAUAAUACGUUUGCAAUUUAGUGUGUGCUUUACAUUUUAUCAUCUGAAUAUUGAUCUCAAUCUUGUUCAGUGAAGGAUCAUUUAAUUGUUCACGAGUAUAGAUACCUUAUUUCUAUAUGCAUUUACUUAGGGUAGGAUAGUGAGGUAUAAUUUGCACAGACCUGCCAACUCAGUCUUCAAUAGUUACAGUGUUUUUCAUUAUUUCACAUCCUUAACACCUGUGAUGCUUGUACAACUUGGAAGCAUGGUUUCUUAAAGCCUGAAAAAGGCAAGGAAUAUUACACAUUAAUAGUUUUUUUUUUCAAACAAUUGACUUUUGCCAUAUAAAACUAACACAAAAUAGGCAUUGACCCUAGGCAUUUGAAGACUCUGUGGAACAGGACUAAAACCCAUGUGUGCUGAGGGCUUUGUUAAGAAGUGGAAAUUGUUUUCACCUUUCUCUAGGGCUGGCUGGUAAAUCCCCAGCUGAAAAACCAUGGUAAAUCCUAAUGUUAAUCUUUGGAUUAAAUGCAUUGUCAAAGACUACUUCUAAAAGAUUCCCCUGCUAAGUUUUAUUGUUUGAUGAGGUUUAUUUCUAUAUCUUUUCUACAGUUAUAGCACUUAAUAUUCAUUAAUAUUCACUUAAUAUUCAUGUGAACUCACAACAGAUGUAGAUGUAAUGAUAUAGCAAUUAAGAUCAGCUACUAAAAUAAAAAUCAGUCAUUUAGACAAGUUAAGAUGAAACUCUGUUCAGGAUUUUAGAGGCACAGUCCUAUCCAGGGGAGAUGUAGAGCCAUGCCUCAGUCAUGUGCUGUUGCAACUUGGCAUUAUUGACAAGAAAAUUGGGUGGCAAUAAGAAGCAGAUACAUAAUUCUUUGACUCCAGUGUCUCUUGUAUUGUCUCUGCACCUGUGAAGACGUGGAUGAAGCAAAACCAUCUUCUUUUUACUUGUGGUACGUUGGAUCAUGUCCAUCUGCCACAUUCCUCUAUGUCUACUACAUUCUGCUGGAACUGCACUUUCAUAUCUGUCACUGGGGUGUUCAGUCUCUGUUGACUUUUUCGUGUUGUUGGAUUAUUGCAUACUGUCUAUAUGGUUAUAACAAUUAUAUUUCAUCUGUACUGAGUACAUCAGCAAGUCCCAUGCCUCUCCUGAAAGGAGUAACUGCAAGGCAAUAGAAAUCCCUAAAAUGUUAUCAAUCAUCUUCAAUCUACAAUCUUUCUUGGCAAACACUGAGGACGUGGGAGCUGCUGUAAUGUAAAUUUCAAUAUCUUAGAAAAAUGACUCAGCCCAUAAUAACUGAAAUAAAGUUUACUUUACAACUC